AUGGACACCAAACGGGAAGUCGAGCACGUCGACGCCAUCAGUGAUGGUGAGUCGGGAAAGCAAGAUGCCAUCUACCACGAGCAAGGCGUCUUCGUGGAAGACAAGGCACGAGCACGAAAACUUGUUCGAAGGAUGGACCUCCGCAUUCUCCCACUCUGCGCUUUCGUAUAUCUACUCAACUAUCUCGAUCGAGGCAACAUAGGAAAUGCGAAGGUACUCAACAAGGAAACGAAAGAUGACAUGCUGUCACAAACGGGUAUGAGCCAGAUGCAGUACCGCAUUGCGGUCUCGCUCUUCUCUCUCGCAUACGCCCUUUUUGAGGUACCCAGUAACUGGAUCAUGAAGCGUUACGUUCGGCCAUCAAUAUGGUUGGCCACACUGCUAGGCGCCUGGGGCGUCUGCACCAUUGGCUUUGCUGGCGUCCAAAACUUCGCAACAGUCACGGUGCUGAGAUUCCUCAUCGGUGUCUUUGAGGCGGGAUUCUUCCCUGGAAUUGUCUAUCUCAUCACCUUCUGGUACCCAGUUGAGGAGCGUUCCGUCCGAAUUGCCUUCGUCCUUGCCUCCGCAACCGCAGCCGGAGCCUUUGGUGGAUGCAUUGCUUACGGAGUGGGACACCUCAACGGCGACGGAGGUCUCGAAGCUUUCCGCUGGCUCUUCAUCAUCGAAGGAGUGUUGACAGUCAUCUGUGUCUUGCCCGUUUUGUUCUUUCUGCCGGACUAUCCCGCACGGGCCAAGUUCCUCAACGACGAUGACAAGAAGUACAUCCAAGAUCGCAUUGCUGUCAAGGGCGGCGGGUACACAAAUGCGCAUGCCUCGCGGAGGGAAGUCCUCGCCACAGCGUUCAGCCCAAGGAUGAUGACCCACUACCUUGCAUAUCUCACAGACUGCGUGCCUCUCGGCUCCCUCACCUUCUUCAGCCCUACGAUCGUCUCCGGCCUGGGCUACACUUCCAUCCGUGCACAGCUGAUGACCGUUCCGCCAUGGAUUGUCGGCUACUGCGUCUGUCUUGCACUUGGCUGGUCCGCCGACCGCUUCAACAUGCGUGGCUGGCACAUCACACUGGCGUCCACGAUCGGUGGUAUUGGAUGGCUCACUGCCGGCCUACUCCCUGCGGACGCCUACCUCGCUCGGUACGGAUGCCUUAUGCUCUGCGCUUGCGGUGCGUUCCCAUCGUCUGGACCGUUGUCAGCGUGGGUCACCUGCAAUGUUCCCGCGAUCGCGUGUAUGGGUAUCGCUACAGCGCUCAACAACAGUGCAGCUGGUGUGAGUCAGAUCAUUGCGCAGUGGAUUUGGAGGCCGGAGGAGGCCGCAAUCGGAUAUCCUACAGGGAACUUCGUCUGUGCGGCAUGCAGUUUCGCCACAGCUGCUAUAGCGGUAGGGCUGAGGAUACUGUAUGGCAGGAUGAAUGCGGCUGGCACAAGGGAUGUCGGAGGCAAUGAGAGGAUCUGGUUGUUGUAG